UUGCUCGCAUUACGACACACCCUUUAAAUGCUCGUUUCGUUUAUUUUCGACGAGAUUCCAGCGAGGUAGUGACUGAUAAAAGAUACGUAUAUCACGUUCAUCUCAUUAUUGAUACCGUCUUACAAGAUUUUGAUGUUCGUCGGCCUAUAACCAAUUGCAGCACGCACUAUGACGGAACAGCAAAUGGAUUGUGCACUGGAUUUGAUGCGAAGACUGCCACCGCAGCAAAUCGAGAAGAACCUUAGUGACCUAAUCGAUUUGGUUCCUUCAUUAUGCGAGGAUCUAUUGUCUUCGGUGGAUCAACCGUUGAAGAUCGCCAAGGACAAGGAAUCUGGCAAGGACUAUCUUCUGUGUGACUACAAUAGAGAUGGAGAUUCAUACAGAUCUCCCUGGAGCAACACUUACGAUCCACCACUGGAGGAUGGUUCAAUGCCUUCUGAACGACUGAGAAAACUGGAAAUAGAUGCCAAUCAUGCUUUUGAUCAAUAUCGAGAGCUUUACUUUGAAGGUGGAGUCUCCUCGGUAUACUUGUGGGAUUUGGAUCAUGGAUUCGCAGCGGUGAUUCUUAUCAAGAAGGCCGGCGACGGUUCCAAGAAGAUUAAAGGCUGCUGGGACUCGAUACAUGUGGUGGAAGUACAGGAAAAGUCAACUGGCCGCACUGCUCAUUAUAAACUCACAUCGACAGCCAUGCUGUGGUUGCAGACCAACAAACAUGGCUCUGGUACAAUGAAUCUGGGUGGCAGUCUGACGCGUCAGGUAGAACAAGACGCUCAGAUCAGUGAAACAUCCCCUCACAUCGCGAAUAUCGGCAGAAUGGUGGAAGAUAUGGAGAACAAGAUCCGCAACACACUGAACGAGAUCUACUUUGGUAAAACAAAAGAUAUUGUGAACGGGCUGCGAUCGGUGCAAUCCUUGGCUGAUCAGAGACAGCAGGCUGCGCUCAGGCAGGAUCUCGCGGCAGCCCUACAGAGGCGAAAUGCUAACAAUUGAUCUUCUGACCGCCAAGAGAGCUUCGAUUAUGAUUGCGAAUAAAUUUCAUGGUAUUUUA